GACGGACAAAAGCCAAAACCGGAAGGGACAGCGGACGAGAGAACGCGGAAGAAGCGGGACAAGAGGGCCAAGGAGAGGCGAGGCAAAGCCGGGGAGGAGACAAGAGGGCCGAAGAGCCGAAAGGGGGCACGGCCAAAGAAAGAGGGGGAAACGCGCAGCAGAGGGGCGAAGGAGAGGAACAAGAAAAAGACAAGAAGCGCACAAGCGCCAGGAAGAAGGGGGAAGAGGGCAAAAGGCGCGCAAAGGAAAGGGGGGCAGACAGGGAAGCGCGAAGGAGCAAAGGGCGGGGAGAGAGGAGGGAGCGGGGCAAAAAGAGGAGCCAAAAAGAAAGGAAGCGCAAAAGCCGACGAGGCGGACCAGCGGCAGGGGAGAGGAAGGGGACGGCGAGGCGCGAGCACCGAGAGCGAAGAAGGGGGCAACAGACAAAGGAGGGAGGGAGCGAAAAGCAGAGGAGGGCGAAAGGAAGGCCAAAGAGGAGGAGGGCAGGAAGCGCGAAAGGCGGCGCGAAACCGAACAACCGGCAACCGCCAGGGCAGGAGAAAAGAAGGGGAGGGAGGACGGACGAACAAGGGGCGCGGGGGGAAAAAAGGAAAAGGGGAGGCGAAAAGGAGACAACAAAAAGGCGGCGCGGGGAAAAGGCAGCGCGCGCAGAACACAAGAAGAAAAAGGCGAAGAAAAAAGGAGGGGGGCGACAAGGGCCGCAAACCCGGACAGGGGAAAAGAAAGGGGCCGGAGCCGAGCGGGAGCAAGGAGCAAGGCAAAAAGGGGGAAGCGACGCCGAACAAAGCCGAAAGCAAAAGGGGCAAGCGCGACAAAAGAAAAGCGCGCGGGAGCAACGAACCAAACGAAAAGGAGGAGGCGGAGGAGGCAGCAGCAAGCGAGGAAAGGGCAGGCGGAGGAGGAGACGCGCGAAGAGGCAAGGCAAGGGAGGGGAGGACAAGGGAAGAGGGGCGGAGGGCGCGGGAAGCAGAGGAAGAAGAGGGAACAGCGAAGGCGGGCAAGGGGAAGGCGGCGGGGGCGGGAAGCGAGGACAAGCGAAGGCGAGAAGGGCAAGAGAGGAGGCGCACGCAGCCGCAACGCAAGGAGCGCAAGAAGAGGCGAAGGCGGAAAAAGAAAAAGAAGGAGAAAAAGGGCAAGAGGCGGGACGGGAAGGGAGGAAAGGGAAGAAGGAAAAGAGGCAGCGGCAAGAAGAGGGGAAAAGGAGAGAGAGGGGAGAGAACAGAAGCGGAGAGCGACGAGGGCGACGGGCACGAAGGCGGCGAAAAGGAGAGAGAAAAGGGGGAGCAGGCAAAAGCCAGCAGGAGAGAGAACGGAAGGGGGAGGACGCCACAGGGGCGCAAACCCCGCAAAAGCGGACGAAGGCGACGACGACGGGAAAGAAAAGGGCAAGGGGGGAAAAGGGGGAAAAUAGGACGCAGGGCAAAGGGUGGCAAAAGGAGGGAAGGACAAAAGGAGGGGCACGAGCAAGAAAAAGGGGGGAAGAGGGAAGAGGGGCGGGGCGGGAAGGCGGAAAAGGGAAGGGGGGAGCACGAGGCAAGGGGGGGGAAAGGCGAGCGGGGAGAAGGGGCGAAAGAGAAGGGCCGAAGCAAAAAGGAGCGCACAAAGGAGAGGGGGCGGAGCGGGAAAAAACGAAAAGAAGAGGGAGGGGGGGAGGGGAGCACAAGCAAAGAGGCAGGGGGCGGAAGGGCCAGAAAGGCGAAGGAAGCGAAGGGGGAAGGGCACAGAAAGCGCAACCACGGAAACGGCAAGACGAGCAAGCAGCGGGCAAAGAAGAAGCGAGGAGAAGGCGGGCCAGAGAGGAGCGGCAAGAAGGACCAAGGGGGGAGGCAGGCCAACGCGGAAAGCAAAGCAAAGCAGCAGAGGAGCGAGAAAGGGGAGAAAACCAAAGAGGGGGGAGGGGCAGAGGGGGAGGCAAAGGGGGGAGGCAGAGGAAGGAGAAAGGGCAGCGAAAAGCGGGGAGGAGCGGGCAGAGGAAGGAAGGGGGCGAGGAGAGGCAGCGACCAGCAAAGGGGCAGAGGGGGGAAGAAAAGAGCAAGGGGGGGGAAGAAGCCAGACACGGGGAGGGGAGGAAAAAGCACAGAGCAAAAGGAGGCACGGGACGAAGAAAGGGCACAAAAGGGGAACAAGGGGCAGAGGAGGGGGGGAGACGAAGGAGACGGGGGGAGAGGAGGGGGGGCAGGGAAGGGAGGAGGGGGAAAGGAAGGCGCGAGAAAAGCCCAGCCCGCAGCAGAAGAAGGGGAAAGGCGGGGAAGAAGAAGGGGGGAGGGAGGCCGCACGGGGGAAGGAGAGGCAGGACGGGGGCCAAGGAGGGAGCAAGGGGAGGGGGAAGGGGGGGGCAAGGCAAAAGGAAGGAAGGGGGAAAGGCGAACCAACGCGCCAGGACACAACAAAGGGAGCCACCCAGGACCAGGCACCCAGGGGAACCAGAGGGAAGAGGGCGCAAAAAGCACCCGCCAGAAGGAAGGAGGGGGAAGAGGCAGGAAGGCGGGAAAACAAGAGCAGCGACCAGGGAAGCAGGGGGCACGGGGAGCGAGCGCAGAGGGAACCAAAAGAAAGGGACGAAGCGCGCAAGGAGCCGGAGGGGAGAAAGGCGAGGCAAGAGGAGCGCGAGCAAGGCAAAAGAAAGGAGGGGGGGAACGGGGGCCAAGACCGCGGCGAACCACAAGGGGGGAGGAACCAAAGGGGGCGGCCGGAACAAAGCAAACGAAGAAGGCGGGAGGGGGAGGAAGAAAGCAAGGCGCGGGGCAAAAGGAGACGCGCAAGAAGAAGGAAGAGAGGGGGAGGAAACGGGGCACCGGGGGCCGACGGGAAGCAAGCAGAAGGGGCCGAGCCGACGCCGCACACAAAGAGGGCACCGGGGAGCAAAGGGACGGGAAAAAAGCGCAGGCGGGAAGGGGCGACGCGAAGAAGAAGGGGAGGGCGAACAACCCCAGGGGGGAGGGAAAAGGCGAAGGGGAGAAAGGCGACAAACGGAAAAAGGCAGGGGAGGGGGGAAACAAGCACCGAGAGCGGGGGAGGAGACGGGGGCAAGGGGCGGGAGAAGCGGGGAGGCACCAAAGGCCGGGGGACAAAACGCGAGGGAGAAGGCAAGAGGGGAGCAGAGGGGAGGAGGGCAAAGAGAGGGGGGAGGAGAGGAGGGGGGGAAGCACGAACAAGGCGGGGGGGAGAAAGGGGCGAAGCGGAGGGCAGAAGAAAGGCGAAAGGAGCAGGAGGGGGGAAGGGAAGGACGGCGGGGGCGGACAAGGCAAACAACGGAAAGAAGGAGGAGGCAGCAAGCAAGCAAAGGACACCCGCGACGGGAGAAAGAAGGGGGCCGGGAGGGAAAAGCAGCGAGCAAAAGGCCAAGGAGCACAGCAAGAAGGCGAGACAAAGAGGAAGAGGGAAAGGAGGGCGAGCAAACAAAAGAGAGAGGAAGGAGGGGGGCGCGGCGAGAGCGGACG